CUUUUGGCACAUUUUAGCAGCAUCAGACAAGGGAUAACCUAAUGAUGGAAGAAUUUGAAGACGGUGACGCUCCUUCUGCUGAGGAUCUGGUUCAAUGUAACACCUGCAAAAGAUGUUUCUUCCCUAAAGUCCUGGAGAAGCAUGCUAAAAUCUGCCAAAAGUCAACAUCUAAAAGAAGAAAGGUUUUUGACUCCAGUAGACAGAGAGCUGAGGGAACAGACAUCCCCACGCUGAAACCCAUCAAACCAAAGUCACAAAGUUCAGCUGCUGCUGAGAAAGCAGAACCCCCGAAAAAGCAAUCCAACUGGCGCAGGAAACAUGAGGACUUCAUCGCCACCAUUCGGGCUGCCAAGUCCCUCACUCAGGUCAUUAAGGAUGGGGGGCCGUUACCCCCACCUCCUCCUCCUACCUAUGACCCAGACUAUAUCCAGUGUCCUUACUGUCAGCGGAGGUUCAAUGAGAGUGCAGCUGACAGACACAUCAAGUUCUGCCAGGAGCAGGCUGCCCGCAUUCCCAACAAAAGCAAGCUAGGAGAUGCCAAGAAGCCUCCUGGUCGCACACAGUACAAGCCUACUGCUCCUGUCAAGAAGGCCAACUCUCCCGCUGUGUCAACCCUCCCUUCGGCCUCCUCUCGUUUACCCCAGAGAUCAGGCCUUGGACAGCCCACUGGAAUCCCUUCUAGUAAGGUCUCCUCUGCAGGUUCAGUGAGGAGUAAUCCCUCUGGCCUCACCAGUCCACCAUCAGGUGUGGGAAGUAAGGCCCGAGCAGUGAGCUCUGGCUAUGGCUCUGUGAGGAACACUCAGCCUGGAGUAGGACUCAACAAGAAGAAAGUAGACACCUACAUAUCAAGAAACGAUGUUGAUAGUGGAAAUGAAGUCGGCAACGGUGGAAUGAAAAGCAAGUUCUGUCACGCUUGUGGGACCAAGUACCCCGUUGAAUCCGCCAAAUUCUGCUGCGAGUGUGGGGUCAGGAGGAUGUGUAUCUGAUUAAAGUCCGAAGAACGGCAAAGUAGAGGAGAAUAGGGAUGCACCGGUACUCAAGCUAGCGUCAGAGUUUCACCAAGGCUAAGAAGAAUUAAAAAAAAAAAAAAAAACCCGUCUGUCUUAAUUUUCACUCGUGGGACUAGUUUCCUGGCAGUAAAGUGGUUUAAUUAUCUAACAACUGUAUGGUGCUGAGUUUCGGCGUAAUCAUGGUUAGUCUUUAUUCAUGAUGGGGGGUAAUAAUACAAACAUAAAAAUAUAAUAACCAUAACCUAAAAUAAAUUGUGCAUUUAGUUGCUAAAGGCUGAUAAAUUGUGGCGGUGAACUGAUGCGGUACAAAUAUAGGUGAAACUGUAAAGGCUCAUGAUGUCAGUGCUUUAUAUGACUGAUAAAAAAUAAAUCCAUGCAGUUCAGUUUUAUUUAGCUUCUCUCUCAGUGCUGGAUUGUCUCUCAGCAUUGCUGCUUUUUUCCAGCAGCUUACAUACAUGAACAUUACUGCCUUGAAACUAGAGGCCAGAGAGCGUUUGAGAAUUUGUAAUGACAGAAAAAAGUAGGGGACAACGCAGCCCUGAACAAUAAUCAGUACUUAUAGAGGAGACUCGGUAUCAGCAUUUAGCAGAUAUUGGUGCAUCUUUAGAAGAGAGUAGAGGGCAGGUGAGUAGGUAAAAACUAAGAAGUGGGUUGUUAAAUGUGAAAAAAGGAGGUAAAGGAAAAGUGCUGGGUUACUCAUUAGCGGUGAUUUUGAUUGCCCCUGUAUCUAAGUCCCCGGUCAACCUUGAACUGAAAUGCAUUCCUUAAUCCGCUCUGCCUCCGCUUCCUCUCAAACAGAAUAUGUUCCUUUUAAAGUGCAAUAUGAUUGACUACUGAAGAAAGCAAUGUGGUUUUCUAAAGAAAAGGUAUUAAAUUUUUUUGUCUUAUCACCUUGUUUUGAGAGGGACCUUUCCAAAAAGUAAUUAGCUGUUCAAGGUUCUUGCUCCCUUCAAGGUCACCUUACAGAAGAACUUCUCAUAAUAAUACCAUUAGAGACAAAUGUAGCAUUUAUUCAAUCCCUUUUAUUUCCUCUCGUUUUAUACAGUGAGUUAUUUAUUUUCUUAUUCCCUUUCGUUUGUACUGAAUGAACAAUGACUGCAUCUUUUCUUUUAAUGCUCUACAAAAGUAUCGUGUUUUUAUUUGGAUUUGUUUGAAACCUAAAUGCACCUGGAUGUGUUGCAGUUGCUUUUUUUCUUUACAGUGUUCCUACUGAGUCAGUAUUUAGUGCACUAAGGCAUUUUGGGUCAAAAGUACAGGAACACUACUGUCAUUUUAAGCGAUCUGUAGGCCUAUGGUUGAUGUCUCUACUUGGUCCAAAACACUAUUUAUGACCCCACAGAGUUCAUUUGCAGGUGGGAUACUGAGAGAGAAACGUCUCUCCUUAAGGUGCAUUGGUAAUUUAAGCGAUAUAUCAGCUCAUUUAACAAGGCAUUUGCUCCAAGAAAAUAAACUGUACUGUAUUUAUGUUACAUGACGAGAAAUGUUGACUGGAUGGGUAUGUUUUCCUGUACUGAUUGCAAUGGUUGUUAGACCAGAUAUGGUUGUGCACUAAUACCAUGUAUAUCCACCAUCAAUAAACUUCUAUGAAGAUGGCUGUGA